AUAGGAGAGAGAAAGAGAAAGAGAAAGAGAGAUAGCAGUCUAGGCCGAGAAGACAACACAUCGAUAAUCACAAUACAGUUUUUCUCCCAAAUCUCAACCUAAAAUCAUCCAUUCUUGCACUCCAAAUCUUCAAUCAAUAACUAUUCUCAACUUUAUCAACUCAAACUUAUAUGUUAAAUGGACCGAUGGAGGAUCUGAUACCGAUCGACUGAUACCUUUUUUAUUGAAUGCAUCGAUUCUUCAACUUCUUGUCACCGAUCUUUCUCCUUUUGAUUUCUUCCAGUUUACAGGGAUGUGUAAAGUGGUGAUGAAGAAAUUGGGUGGAUUGUGAUUUUGCAUGGGUUACAAUGCCAGAGUUGAGAAGUGGACCCCGGAGAUCAAAACGUCUUGAUGAUCUUCAGUCUGUCCCUCAACCAGUUGAUAAGGAGGAGAAUUGGCUUGCACCUGCUCCUAAUAGAACUAGAAGAAGAGUUGGUGGUGGAAGAGGAAGAGGGGCUAAUGCUCCACCUGUAGCGAAAGGGCCUUCGGCGGCUAUACCUGUGAGGCCAGCUGCUGCUGGAAGAGGAAGAGGGGUUAGGUUGGUAGAUCUAGGCCCUGAGCCACCUUGUGAGAUCCUUCCAGUUGCUCAAGAACCAGUAUUAAACGGAGUCCAGGGUGUUGCAGUUAAAGCAGUUGCUAUGGAGGGGGGAAAUGCGGACAAGAAUUUGGGGGUGGAUGAAGAUUCGAAUGCUACUCCUGUGCCUGAUAGGGUGCAAGUUGGUAAUUCUCCUAUAUACAAGACAGAAAGAAAACUGGGUAAGGGUGGUUUUGGUCAAGUUUAUGUUGGAAGAAGGGUAAGUGGCGGAACGGAGAGAACAGGAGCUGAUGCACUUGAGGUAGCAUUAAAGUUUGAGCACAGGAAUAGCAAGGGGUGUAACUAUGGCCCGCCAUUUGAGUGGCAAGUAUAUAGCAACUUGAAUGGAUGCUAUGGGAUACCAAGGGUGCAUUACAAGGGUCGAAUAGGAGAUUUUUAUAUCUUGGUCAUGGACAUACUUGGACCCAGUCUUUGGGAUGUUUGGAAUUCAUUAGGCCAAUUGAUGCCACCAAAUAUGGCGGCUUGUAUAGCAGUGGAGGCAAUAGCAAUUCUCGAAAAACUUCACAUGAAAGGAUUUGUGCAUGGAGAUGUGAAGCCUGAGAACUUUUUACUUGGUCAACCUGGAACAGCUGAAGAGAAGAAGCUUUAUCUUAUCGAUCUUGGUUUGGCAUCUAGAUGGAAGGAUGCCUCAACAGGGAAGCACGUUGAAUAUGAUCAGCGCCCUGAUAUAUUUAGGGGCACAAUAAGAUAUGCAAGUGCACAUGCACAUUUAGGCAGGACAGGAAGUAGAAGGGAUGAUCUUGAGUCAUUGGCGUACACCCUUAUAUUCCUAAUCAAGGGAAGACUUCCAUGGCAAGGCUAUCAGGGUGACAACAAAAGCUUUCUUGUUUGCAAAAAGAAAAUGGCUACAUCUCCAGAGCUGAUGUGUUGCUUUUGUCCACCACCUUUCAAACAGUUCCUUGAAGCUAUAACAAAUAUGAGAUUUGACGAGGAACCAAAUUAUUCCAAGUUGAUAUCCUUUUUCGACAGUUUGAUUGACCCAGUUACAUCGCAAAGACCUAUAAGAACUGAUGGCGCCCUUAAGGUUGGGCAGAAAAGGGGAAGACUGCUUAUAAAUUUGGAAGAAGAAGAACAACCAAAGAAGAAACUGCGACUUGGUAGUCCUGCUACUCAAUGGAUAUCGGUUUAUAAUGCACGACGUCCUAUGAAACAAAGGUAUCAUUAUAAUGUUACGGAUUCAAGGCUGCGUCAACAUGUGGAUAAGGGUAAUGAAGAUGGUUUGCAUAUCAGCUGUGUGGCUUCUGCACAAAACUUGUGGGCAUUGAUCAUGGAUGCUGGUACAGGUUUCACUUCCCAAGUGUAUGAACUCUCAACUGUGUUCCUGCAUAAGGAUUGGAUAAUGGAGCAUUGGGAAAAGAAUUUCUAUAUUAGUUCUUUAGCUGGCUCAUCUAAUGGGAGUUCGUUGGUUGUCAUGUCUAAAGGCACUCCAUUCACCCAACAGUCGUAUAAAGUGAGUGAAUCAUUUCCGUUCAAGUGGAUCAAUAAAAAAUGGAAAGAAGGUUUCCACGUCACUUCGAUGACUACAGCUGGGGAUCGUUGGGCGGUAGUGAUGUCUAGAAAUGCUGGCUACUCCGACCAGGUUGUGGAGCUUGAUUUUAUGUACCCUAGUGAUGGUAUUCAUCGGAGGUGGGAAAGCGGUUACAGGAUAACUUCCAUGGCUGCUACUAAUGACCAAGCAGCUUUAAUUCUUAGUGUACCCAAACGAAAAGUUGUGGACGAGACUCAAGAAACACUCCGCACCUCUGCUUUUCCUAGCACACAUGUGAAGGAGAAAUGGUCAAAGAAUCUCUACAUUGCAUCGAUAUGUUAUGGUCGGACAGUUUGCUGAUAUGGUCAACAAACAAACUACACGAGGAACGUAAAGUUUAAAAGGUUAUUAACUGUAUAUCCUCAAGUGAUUGGAUGAAACAUAUCUUUGUGAGAUGUUUUGAGUUCACAAUCAAAUGAUGAUGAUGAUGAUGCUGUUGUAAUUUAGAAUAUUUGCAUCAGAUAAGAUAUAUAUUGUGUGAUAACAUAAUAUUGAUCAAGGAUUGAUUUUGUGUA